AUUUACCGGUUGAUCAUCUUUUUGGAAGUACCCGAAGAACCCCCGUUCUGCAUUUUCCUCUUACUCGAUUUCUGCCAUUGAAAGUUCUAGGGAGAAGCUUUCCUUUGCAAACCCAGAACCAGGAAGUCGGAAGCUGGAGGCCCUAACUUUUGGAUUUAUCAUUGCCGUCUUCCCAGUAGCUUCAAUCUUCAAUAUGCAUAGCGAAUAAAGUAAGGUAAAAGGUGCAGUGAGAAGAGGGUUAUGCGCGGAAUUUUUAUCGAGCUUGAGUCAAGAGGACAUGCCCAGGUUCCUCGAAAGAAUGUGUACCUUGUAGAUGUUUGUAAUGAUAUGGACGCCAAGAGGCAUGACAAGCACUUGAGAUCAGAUACCAUUACUACCACUGGAAAUUCUGAAGUGAAAAAACUGUCCUCUGUAGGAGAAACUGAAAGUAAUGGCAAUAUUGAAUUUGCUCGUCUGUCAGGCGAGCCACUGACAAAAUUGGUGGAGCAAUCACAUGGAGAGUGCACGAAAGUUGAAUCAAGGAAGUGCCCAAAGGACAAGGAGACAGAAGAUCAAGAACUUACUGUUGGUGAUAAGGAUGUUGAGGCUUUGAGAAAUAACUUACCUAAAGAUUCUGGUGGCUCAAUUUAUAACAGCAAGGUUCCAUUGUGCAAUAGGGGAAUUAUAAAUGCCAAAGUCUCCAAUGGGUUAAGUGUUACUGUAGAGGAUUCUGAUAUUGGAUUAGAAAAUCACUUGGUUGGAGGGAAUAAUGGUAGUACGAAUCCUGAGAGAGAAAGUACGCAAACGGACAUGCAACUAGAGAAUGGAAAAAACCAAAUGGCAUCAAGAUCAGCUGCUUCAAAGAAGAGGACAAGAAAGUUGUCUCCUGGUGCUGAUGUUAAUAUUGAACAAAAACGCCCUGCUGCAGCUAUCUGUGACUUCUAUGCUAAAGGCUGGUGCAUAAAAGGUAGCUCAUGUAGCUUUCUACAUAUAAAAGAUAAUGCACACGCUAGUGAUCAGCAUUCAGAGGAACAUGCUGGUGCUGUAUAUUUGAAAAAACAAGUUCAGCCCAAUCAAGCAGGUUUGCAAUACAGUGCAGAUGCGUCAAAAUCACCAGUUUUUCAUCAUCCACCAAAUUCAUCUCUCCUAAAGGACUCUUCACUUUCUCUGAAAUUCGGCAUUUCUUCGGAAAGAACUUUAUCAAGGGACUUCACCGAAAGCAAAGGAUGGGAUGUGUUGCAUGAGAAAAAUAAGUUUUUAUUGCAUCAGAGGGAGGACUCACUUCUGAGGGAACAUCCUGACUGCCAGAAAUUACCUUCUACUGGUUUUGAUGUGUCAUUUCCCCUUAAUAGAGAGGGUUCGACAGCAAGGAAUGAUCAACCUCCUGAGUUUGGACCCUCUUCAGGUGGCUUCGCAAAAUUGAGUGUCAUGGAGGAACCGGCUAAUGUUGCAUGCCCACGUUUAUUGAACGAUUACCAUUCUCCAGUUUUGAGAAGUUCUUUGAAUUCAAAUACUACUCUUACAAAGGGUGGUAUUUUAUCAUCGCGCUUCACUACCUCUAAUGAUUCUUUUCCUUUUACACCUUCCUCAAGUGCAAGCUUCUUUGGUGCUCAGAAGAUGUCCAUUAUUGAUGGAGAACAUCGUGUUUCUAUGCCGGCUUCCUCCUUCAUGAGAAGUUCCCCAUUUUCUCCCUCUGAAUCAGAUAAUUCUUUAAUCAAUGCAUCAAUGAAUUCUUCAGAUUACAAAACAAAAUAUUCUUGUGACGAUUGGGAACCAUCUGAACCUUUUAGACCAUCCUUUUUUAUUCCUUCAAUAAAUACAGCAAGCCAGUAUGAUCCUUUCCUGGAUAGCAUUGAGUUACCGAGGAAAGUGGGUGGUUGUCAUAAUCCUUGGAGCUCAAAGCCGGAAUUUAAUGAUGAUACAAGUUCUUUGUCCUCUCACAAUAAAGCUGAGGAUAAGAAUGAAAAAGCUGGCCAUGUACAAGGCACGGAUUCACUUAUGUUAGAAGCAGAAAUACAAGGAUCUUCUGGUAUUGAUGGUUGCAAUGGUUCUAGGACUAGAGAGGAUGAUCAAAUUGGUCUCAUCCGUGAAAAAAAUGUCCCAAAAAAAAUGAAAACGGAUACUGAUGGUGAAAUAAAGCUUUCAAAUAUUGCAUUGCAUGAAAAGGAAUCUGAAGCAGAGAGUGAUAGACAACUUGGUGAUAUGGAUGGUAAGCAUCUCAUUGAUGGAAAUGUGCACAAAGAAUCAAAAGCAACUAGGCACUUUCGGUCUGCUCUCAUUGAAUUGGUGAAAGCAAUUUUGAGACCGAAGUGGCGUGAGGGUCAUCUGAAAAAGGAUGUGCAUAACACAGUUGUUAAGAAAACACUCGACAAGGUUCUAGGUACCCUACAACCUUUUCAAGUUCCAACUACAGUGGAAUCAGUUAAGCAGUAUCUUUCUUCAUCUCGUCCAAAGAUCGAGAAGCUUGUUGAGGGAUAUGUUAGUAAAUAUGGAAAAUCUUGAGAUGGAAGGCUAAUGCAUUCUCUCUUUGGUAAGUUUCCUAAGGAUUCUACAAUUUAGAAGCCUUGAAGAGUUUGUCAAAGGUUGUUUUACAAUCUUGAUUCUUGGAGACUUGACACUAGUUGUGAUGGUUAUUAUUCGACACAUUGUGAUAUUUUCUUUUCUUAAGCAUGCGUUCUUCCCUCAUUUUGUUCUGUUUAAUUCUGAUUGCAAGUUUUGUUCGAAAAUAGUUCUUAUCGUCAUAUAACCUGUAAAUCUAGUGUUGAUUGUAAAUAAUAAAGCCCAUUCUUCACUUAGUCAGGUGAAAUUCUUCUCUCCAAUCAAACAAAAUAAUGGUAAUAAACAUCCACUUAUUAGAAAUUACUAAAUUUCUAGUUCAACGAUUUCCAACUUGAUUGAUUCUAGCUUUCACUAAUUAUUCUACUUCAUGUAAGCAGUAGGGAAUGGUGUUAAUUUGUUUUAAUUUACUCAUUCUAGAAAUCUGAGAUUAAAAACUACAGAUCAAGUCAACUUUUUGGUUUUAGGGAAUGGUGUUUUCAUUCUAAUGAUUUUUUUUUUCCCCUUCUCUCUUUCCUUUUUUCCUUUUAAUUUAAGCCAAUUGGUGGUACUUUUUGUAAGCUCCUUCAGUUUUGGGUCAACUUACGCCUUAGCUCCCCAUAUUUUGUAUCUGUUUUUAUUGGUUAAUGAAGUCUCUUGUUUCUUAUUGAAAAAUAAAGAUUGAUAACUUUUUGUUCUUAGUUGUAGUGCUUCGGAGCCUGUGUUUAGAAAGUUAGCAAAGUAAUCUCCUUACCGUUAUUUUCCGUAUCUAAUUUCAGCUAUGUUUUUCUUACUGAUAUGGACUUGCUGAAAUUUUGAAGUGCAUUUUGUCCGAGAGAAAUUAAAUAUUAUGUUUUCUCGUUGAAAUAUUAUCUUUUAGUUCCUCAACUAUGUAUUGUUAAUCAUUCAUUAUUUUAUAAAAUCUCGAUUGCUAUGAAGCAUAGGCUAUAGAGACAUGUACACAUAUGUACACAUAUGUACACAUAUGUACACAUAUACACAUUUUGAAGAGAGAGAAUGCACGAAGUUAAUACAAAAGAGUAGAGCCCAUCCAAAAGGAGCCAAAGGAUGAGGGAAAAAACCACAAGAAAAUUACAAAAAGGGGUCAAGUUCAAAAGGAUGAGAGAUAAAGGAUAACCACUGAAGUUGCUCAGUGGCGGAAGCCCAGAAGGAGUCAUUUAACCUAGCCAAAACCCGAACCUCCUCCUAGGGACUAUCUUUAUUACUAAUGACUCUCCUAUUUUUGCAAGCCAGAUGUUCCAUGAAGCUGCAAAGAAAGCUGCCUGCCUUAGAAACACACCCAAGGGUGUAAUAACAUCCUUUCCAUCAUAGUCCCGCACGAUCUGCUGCGAGCCAUCUUAGUUAAGAGUCCAAGAUUCUAAUUCUUAAAGUCACUGAAGCAAAUUGACAAUCCCAUAAAACAUGGUGUAGACUUUCUACAACCUCCUUGAUGUUACUGUGGAAAAUUUUUGUGGCAAAAAAUUUGACCUUUGAGAUCUGAAGCUUCCAAGGCUAGGGGAACAAAGACACUUGUAGGUUAAACCCACGCAAAAAAGAAUAAAGAGCUACAUGGCAUGCUAGAACACCAAAAGCAAAUAUCUUUUACUCUUGGACGGGAGCAAAAGUUGGCCAGCGAAGACGACAUGAUGUAAAUUUGGAUCCCGCUCAACUGACUGAGAAGAAGGUUUUUUUCCUAGAGGCAAGAUGCUUUGAAACCCUUUCAAUCAUUAGGUUCCAGGAGGAGGCACAAUUAGACAAUGAUUAAAAUAGCUUUUGUUAAAUGAUUUAAUGAAAAUUUUGUUAACUACAACUAUUAAAAUAGGUUUUUAUGUAAAGUUUUUAGAUUAAAAUAGAAUGUUGGAAAGUUUAGAGGUAAAAAUAGAGUAAGCAUGAAAGUUUAAGAGCUGAAGUUAGUUUUAUGUAUUUGUUUUUGCUUCAGUGUUCCAUGGACCUAUUAAUUAUUCAACUUAGUUCUACAA